AUGUCCGCCGGUCUAACUGAACGAUUCCCUAGAAAGAAAGUCGCCAUCAUCGGAAGUGGAUGUGCUGGAAUUGGCGCUCUUUGGGCUUUGAAUCGCACUCACCACGAUGUUUACAUCUACGAAGCUGCGGAUCGGUUGGGGGGACAUACAAAUACUGUCAAUUAUCCUCAUAAUGGCAAAACAACUCCAGUCGAUACAGGAUUCAUAGUCUUAAAUUCUGCUACGUAUCCUUUUCUCAAUGCCAUCAAUGUUCCUACCGUACCUACUGAAAUGACCUUUGGUGUCUCUCGAGAUAAGGGAUUGUUCGAAUGGUCGGGAACCUCACUCUCAGCAGUGUUCGCACAACGAAUGAACCUCUUCUCAUUGCGAAUGUGGAGAAUGAUAUUUGAUAUUAUACGUUUUAACCAGUUUGCUUUGGACCUACUUAAAGAGGAAGAGAAGAGUGAGGUAUAUUCGAAUGGGAACGGAAAUGCCAAGGGCUCACAUUAUGUGGAGAAGCAAGAAACUAUAGGUCAAUAUCUGGAUAGGGAAGGAUAUUCGGAUGCAUUCAGAGAUGACUACCUUAUACCAAUGACUGCAGCGGUAUGGAGUACAAGUCCGGAUAAGUGUUCUCUAGAAUUCCCGGCUGUUACUUUGGUCCGAUUUAUGUGGAAUCAUCAUUUAUUAAGCACCGUUGCUGCUCGCCCCGAAUGGCUAACGGUCAAAAAUGGGGCUAAAAGCUACCUCGAUGCCGUAAUGAAGGGCUUCCCUCCUAAUCAUAUUUUCCUCUCUACUCCAGUCGAGUCAAUAAGCAAUGAUGACGACAAUCGUAUCCGCUUAAUUCUCGAGAAUGGCAAAGAGGAAAUAUUCGAUCACGUUAUAGUAGCCACUCAUGGAGAUAUCGCAUAUAAUCUAGUUCGAUCCUCAUCCACGCCGGCCGAACGUCGCAUCCUUACCGGCUUUCAAACAUCCAAAAACACUGCAGUCCUUCACUCCGAUCUAUCUCUUAUGCCUCAAAAGAGAGAAGCCUGGUCCGCUUGGAACUAUAUCACUGCUUCUUCUGCUUCUUCAACCUCAAAAUCUAGAAAUGUUGAUCAAGUUUGCUUAACAUACAACAUGAAUAUUCUCCAGCACAUUCCGACCUCCAAAUUUGGUGAUGUCCUCGUCACGCUUAAUCCACUAUUUCCUCCAAAACCAGAAUUCACCCACAGUACAUACACAUAUCGACAUCCACUCUACAAUACCCGUGCCAUAACCGCUCAAUCCCAACUUCCAGAGAUUCAAAACAUGAGAAGCAUAUCCUAUUGUGGAGCGUGGACUAAAUACGGAUUCCACGAAGAUGGCUUCAGUAGUGGCAUAAAGGUGGCAAUGGAUCAUUUAGGUGCUACUCUUCCAUUUGAGUUCAAAGAUAGUACAUUUAGUCGAGGCAAGCGUCCGGUACUUGGGUUGAGUGAUUUGAUUUUGAGGAUUUGGAUUUUGGGCGUGCAGUGGUUUGUGGUGAAUGUUUUGGAAAGAAUUCUUUGCAUUGAGAGAGGAACUAAAUCUCAAGUAGAGACCAAGAGGAAGAAGUUUGUUUGA